CAUCCGAAAAUUGCUCACCACAAAAUACACAGCUUUUAUGCCUUGGGAGGUUCGUUGGAUCACACCGAAAGCCAUGGCUGUUCUCAAAGUUGUUGGAGCACUUCUAUUCGUCGCCCUAGUGGCGGAGGUGGUAGUCGCCGCCAAACGUGGCCCCAAGGUCACCGACAAGGUGUACUUUGACAUCACCAUCGGUGGCAAGGCACAAGGUCGCAUUGUCAUUGGCUUGUUUGGCAAGACUGUUCCCAAGACUGUCAAGAACUUUGUCACUCUUGCAACUGGCGAGAAAGGGUUUGGCUACAAAGGCAGCAAGUUCCAUCGUGUCAUCAAGGACUUCAUGAUCCAGGGUGGUGACUUUACCAACGGUGACGGAACUGGAGGCAAGAGCAUCUACGGCGAGCGCUUUGAGGAUGAGAACUUCAAGCUGCGUCACUACGGCCCCAUGUGGCUGAGCAUGGCCAACGCUGGCAAGGACACCAACGGCAGCCAGUUCUUCAUCACCACCGUCAAGACACCCUGGCUGGAUGGCAAGCACGUCGUCUUCGGAAAGAUCAUCGAGGGAGAGGAUGUUGUACGCAAGGUUGAGGGCGUCGAAAAGGGUCCCAACGACAAGCCCAGCAAGGACGUCGUUGUUGCCGCCUCCGGAGUUCUGCCCGUCGAUGGCGACAUCUACGUCAACAAGGAAUAGAGUGUCUCUAAUAGCAGAAGGAGCAGUAGUGCAUAACCUAACACCUACCCUGUCUCAGUGACACUUCCUCUCUGAUAGCAGUCGCAUUGCCGCUUGACUUCUAAUAUUAUUGUGCUAGAAAAAGGAAACGCGUACCGAUAGUUCUCUCUUACUAGCUACGAUUAUUUUGUAAGCUUUGUCAUGACCGAAGAGUUUUAUGCAAUGUUUUAUGGAGCAGUGCCUCUAAUAUCUUCUCA